AUGGCGUUCACCUUCGCCGCGUUCUGCUACAUGCUCACCCUGGUGCUGUGCGCCUCCCUCAUCUUCUUUGUCAUCUGGCACAUCAUAGCCUUUGAUGAGCUUCGGACCGACUUUAAGAACCCCAUCGACCAGGGGAACCCAGCGCGGGCACGCGAGCGUUUAAAAAACAUCGAACGCAUCUGCUGCCUCCUGAGGAAGCUGGUGGUCCCAGAGUAUUCCAUCCACGGCCUCUUCUGUCUGAUGUUUCUGUGUGCAGCCGAGUGGGUGACCCUGGGCCUCAACAUCCCCCUCCUCUUCUACCACCUCUGGAGGUACUUCCACCGCCCUGCGGAUGGCUCUGAGGUCAUGUAUGAUGCAGUCUCCAUCAUGAAUGCCGACAUCCUCAACUACUGCCAGAAGGAGUCCUGGUGCAAACUCGCCUUCUACCUGCUCUCCUUCUUCUAUUAUCUGUACAGUAUGGUUUAUACGCUGGUGAGUUUCUAAGGGGGAAGCCGGCCAGGGAGCGAGCCCAGAACGGACCGGACGCCUGUGCACCCCCAGCCCUGCUCCCCGGCCGCAGUGGCCUCAGCCCUGAGGAGGGAAGGGGCACUGGUGCCCCCGGCCUCCUCUCCACCCCCCAAACUGCUGCUGCGGGGACCUCCCGCCUUCAGAGCCCACUCCCCUUGGACUAGGGCUGGGCAGAGCUCUAAAUAGGGGCAGGAGCUCCUCCAGCCUGUGGGCAUGGCGGUCAGUCCUGGAAGGGCGGAACCUCCGGCCUUGUCCAAGUUUGGGAAGGACUUGGGGCCCUGCCAAGGGGCAGGGCUUGACCCUGGAAGUUUUGGGCCCCCCCCCUCAACCCCACCCUGAGGCUCCCCCUGCAGGUGGGGGGGUACCCACACCCAGAAUGAGCAGGCUCAGCAGGGGGGCAGUCCCACUCCUAGUCUGCCCUCUCCCCUUCCCCAGGCUCUCUCUUCAAGCUCCUUCCUGUCCCCAUUUGCCCAGCCCAGCCCACCCUGUCUCUUGGACCCAUUUUCUAUGUUGCCUGGAGGAGUCCGGCACCCCCUCCCCGGCCAUUUGUGACAAAAUAUGAAUA